AGUUUGACAAUUUGCACACAACACAACGUGCGUUUAGCGCUUGCUUGCUUUUUUGAAUGGUGAUAGGUUAUCCAGUUUUAUAAUUUUACUACAAUUUUGUAAAACACAUAAUAUGACGACGAGUGAUUUUGUACUAAAUGACAGUGAAAGCGAUGUAGAUUCUGACGAAGAGUUGCAAGAAGCUUAUGCAAAAGGAUUACUUAAACCUGGGCUUAAUGAAGAAAUAGAAAAAAUUGAAAAGCGUCAUGUAAACAAUAUAGCAGAUUUAAAAGCUAAAUUAAAAGAAUUUGAAUUAAAAUUACCAUGGGUUGAAACUUUAGACCUGGUGACUACAGUAGCUCCUUUGGCACCAGAUGUGGCCUUACAAUUACAACAAACUGCACAACAUAGAAAAAACAUACAGGAAAAUAGUAAAGGUAAGCAGAUAUAUGAUCCAGCGCAAGAUCCAGUGUUGAAUGAGUUUAAAAGAGAGAACCUUAUCCAUCGGCAAGCACAGGCAGCUGUUGUGGAUGGGAUCAAGCGCUUGAAGGAGCUCAAUAUUCCCACUAAAAGGCCAGAUGAUUUCUUUGCGGAGAUGGCUAAAACAGAUGAGCACAUGCAAAAAGUCAGGAAGAAUUUGAUGGCGAAGCAAGCUGCACAAGCGAGAGUGGAGAAAGUGAGACAACUGAGGGAACAAAAGAAGAUUGCUAAGCGAGUGCAGCUUAGAGUGAGUGUUACCUUCUAG